UUUUCUCUCUCUACCCUCGGUUCUCUCUCUACAUUCCCAAGCACUCUGAGACACCAGGAGUAGGUGAAAAGCAAAGAACCCUUCUCUUCAGAUUUUUCACAUUCCCGUCACAACCACUGUUGCUUCCUCCUCCCACCUAAUCCUAUCAGAAAGUGCGAGAAAAUCACCUAGAAAGUGACGGAAAAUAGAACCCCAGAAGGGAAGAACCUUGCCUUGUUGAGUUUUUCUGCUAGGGUGAAAUCAAGUUUGGAUUUUGAAGUGGCGGGUGAAUCUGAUGUACCCAUCGAACCCUAAUCUCUGAAAGUUUAUUGCUUUUUGGUCAGAUCUCUGCGUCUAGGUGGUGUUUGGAAGUUACUCGUGGAUUUCUCUGAUGUGUUGACUGAAGAGGGAACUUGGAUUGGUUUUGUGGGGUUUGAAAUGUUUGGAAAAUUUUCAAUUUUUUUGUGAUUGUGUUUUUUGCUGUUUGAACUCAGUGGCAAUGCUGGUUAUUCAUUGAUACUGUGUGUGUGGAAAUGUCUGCUUCUUUGGCGGCUUUCGAGCGACCUCGACCUGGGGCUUCCAAUACGGUUUUCAAAAGUGGCCCACUUUUCAUAUCUUCUAAAGGAAUUGGCUGGAAGUCUUGGAAGAAGAGGUGGUUUAUACUCACCCGCACAUCAUUAGUUUUCUUCAAAAAUGACCCGAGUGCUCUUCCACAGAGAGGUGGUGAAGUAAACUUGACAUUGGGGGGUAUUGACUUAAACAAUUCAGGGAGCGUUGUUGUUAGAGAAGACAAAAAGCUGCUUACAGUAUUAUUUCCAGAUGGACGUGAUGGGCGAGCAUUCACCCUUAAGGCUGAGACAUCAGAAGACUUGUUUGAAUGGAAGACAGCUCUUGAACAAGCCCUUGCACAAGCACCAAGUGCUGCUCUUGUUAUGGGACACAAUGGGAUUUUUCGGAGUGAUGCUAGUGAUUCUAUUGAAGGGUCUUUCCAUCAAUGGAGGGACAAGCGUCCAGUUAAGUCUUUGGUUGUUGGAAGACCAAUUUUGCUAGCACUGGAAGAUAUUGAUGGAGGUCCAUCUUUCCUUGAAAAAGCCCUUCGGUUUCUAGAGAAAUAUGGUACUAAAGUUGAAGGAAUACUUCGGCAAUCUGCAGAUGUUGAGGAAGUAGAUCGGAGAGUUCAAGAAUAUGAGCAAGGCAAGACUGAAUUUGGUCCUGAGGAGGAUGCCCAUGUUGUUGGUGACUGUGUCAAGCAUGUUCUAAGGGAACUUCCCUCAUCUCCAGUUCCAGCUUCAUGCUGUACUGCUUUGUUGGAGGCUUAUAAAAUUGAUCGCAAGGAAGCUAGAAUUAAUGCAAUGCGCUGUGCUACAUUAGAGACCUUUCCAGAGCCGAAUCGACGUUUGUUACAGAGAAUUCUGAAGAUGAUGCAUGCAAUUGCUUCACAUUCUCUUGAGAAUAGGAUGACUCCAUCUGCUGUUGCUGCUUGCAUGGCACCCUUACUCUUAAGGCCUCUGCUAGCUGGAGAAUGUGAACUGGAGGAUGAAUUUGAUGUUAGUGGUGAUAGUUCGGCUCAGCUUCUUGCUGCUGCUAAUGCAGCUAAUAAUGCUCAAGCAAUUAUUACAACUCUGUUGGAGGAGUAUGAGAAUAUAUUUGAUGAAGAAAAUAUACAGAGAUGUUCCAUUUCAGCAGAUUCUCGGGUUGAAAACAGCGGGACUGAGGAUUCAACUGAUGAUGAUAAUAUAGAUGUGAAAGAAAAUGGUUACCAUGAUGCGGAGAAUGAAGUUGAUCAAGAGACUGAUGAUGAUGCUGAUCGUGUUCACAGUGGAAAAUUGAGUGAAAGUAGUGGUUAUGCUGGCAGCGAUCUUUAUGAUUACAAGGCUUUUGGAGGUGAUGAUUCGGAUGUUGGAUCCUCCAGUAGUAAUCAUGCUAAGACUAAAAAUACAAAUCUGAAAACUGAUCCUGAUACCCCAGUGUCUGAGGAUCAAAAUAAGCAAAGAAAGGUUAAAGAUAACUCAGUUGAUGGGAAGGAUGCUCCAAAUCUGUUGCCUUCAACCUCUGAAUCUUAUCGUUCUAUGGGUGAGAUUUUAUCUUCUAUGGACCCUGGAAACCAUUUAUCCGUGCCUGGGAUUGAAUCAGGUUCCGGAAAGCAAACCGGUAAAACUAGUAGCACAAGUUUCAGUUCAAUGCGGUCAACAUUCUGGGGAAGGAGCAAUCUGCAGAGGAAGACACCGUCAGUCGAAUCAGUUGAUUCUUCUGGAGACGAGGAGCUUGCUAUUCAGAGGCUAGAAAUUGCGAAAAAUGAUUUGCAACAAAAGAUUUCAAAGGAGGCUAGAGGCAAUGCAAUUUUACAAGCAAGCCUAGAGAGAAGGAAGCAAGCUUUGCAUGAGAAGCGCUUGGCACUUGAACAAAAUGUUUCAAGAUUGCAAGAACAGUUGCAAGCUGAGAGGGAUUUUAGAGCUGCUUUGGAAGUUGGCUUGAGCAUGUCUUCAGGACAGUUGUCCAGUUCGCGUGGCAUGGAUUCCAAGACAAAGGCUGAGCUGGAGGAGAUUGCACUUGCUGAAGCUGAUGUGGCCAGGUUGAAGCAGAAGGUUGCGGAGCUCCACCAUCAACUUAAUCAGCAUCGACAGCUUCACUAUGGUUCACUUACUGAUGUGGGUGAUCGCUACCAACAUGCCCAAAAUCUUCCUCAGCAGAGAUUUCCUCAGCAAGAUUUUGAUUCAAACCUUGCCUUUGUUAAUCAUGAAAGGAAACAAAGGACGGAGGAGAGUUUGUUGGGCACAGAUUGGAGAAAUAUGAAAGGACAAGUAUUGGCAUCUGGUAAUGGUAGUAGGCAGCCUUCUCGGAAGCCAUUUAUAGACUCAACAAGUCCUAGUGAUUCGAAAAGUACCGAGGCAUCGACCAGCAUAUCUGUAGAUGAGCUCUGCGCCGUUGAUUCUGCCUCAGUGCCCUCCACCUCAAGGGCAGCAGAGGUGACAGAAUAUGCAAGACAUCCAUCUGUAGCAUCUUCAACAUUAGUAGAGUUAAACACGCGUCUUGAUUUUUUCAAGGAAAGGCGUUCCCAGUUGAUGGAACAGCUCCAUAACCUUGAUUUGAAUUAUGGUUCUACUGCUUCCCAAGACUUUGUCUAUAAACCAUCAUCACCAUCAUGGAGUUGACUGGCCAAAUAGGUGCUUCACAAAAUCCACGGAAGAAUUUUGGCUUACGUGUUGUAUAUCCUCGGACUCAUUGCAUAUAUUUAUAUACUUUGUGCGGUCCGUGUGCUGCUUCAUUUUUUUUUGUUCCUAUUUUUUUUUGUUUUUUUUUGUUUUUUUUUUUUCUUUUGGUAGUGACAUGUCAUUGGAGUUCAAAUUAAAAGCUUUCCUUUUGGUAAUCAGGUUUUGUUUUUUUAAACUUUUUGAAUUCCAUUAUUUCUUUAGGGGAGGGGGUGGAGUUUGGUGUAAUUACAUGUCAUGUCAAUAGCUGGGGAAUUUUGUUGUUGAACAAAACAAGUACAAUGAGGAAAUUUUAG